AAUCGAAAUGAAGAUAGAUCGUAUAUUAAAAAAACGUUCGUAGUAUAAUAGAGUGGGGAGGGCACGCGUGUUCGCCGGGUAGCGUGAGUUUGACAGCAAGCAAGGGUGGCGCGCAGGCGAUUAUGGGGAGGGGAAAUGCGCCGUCAGUAUUUCGCGAACCACCGACGAGUACGGAUCGUGUCUUUGUUAAUUCUUCGUUAUUUCUAAUUAUCUGCCAGUGAUCGCUCGCAUAAUUCGUUGACCAAAAAUAUUGUUAACAUUCGUUGUAUGCUCUUCGUUUCGCUAAUCGUACUUCAUUAUCCAUCAAUAGAAUCUUUUCAUCAAAAAAUGUACAUGGUCGAUAAUGUCGCGAAUUAACAACUAUCAUUUGAAUAGUCAUUUAUAAUGAUUAUUAUUUUCGUCAGUAAACAUUGCGAGGUGGUUCUCGAGAUAUGCAAUCGUUGACGCAUACACAGAACGAAUUUACACGCGAUCAACGAUUUUGGAUCGCAAAACGUGAAUCUCGUUGGUGUCGGCUAAAGAGUUUGUCUGAUAAAACGAGACGGCGUGGCGUCUGUAUCGGAAAACGGCAUAUUUGUGUCUCGCGUAUGGAUUAAAACGCGAGUGAAUGGUUGUUGGAGAGUGGUAAAAAAGGCGGGAUGAGUGCGAGAGAAGUUACCCUCAUCGGCGGCUCCCCUUGGGGAUUCCGUAUGCAUGGUGGGCAUGAUUUGCAUCAACCCCUUCGCAUCUCCAGAGUUAAUCCAGGCAGUAAAGCGGCUCAACAGGGGGUGAGAGAGGGUGAUUUAAUUAGCAGCAUAAAUGGAAGAACUACCAGGGAUUUAACGAACAGCGAGGCGCAUGCACUCUUACGAAACGCCGGUGAACACUUGAAACUCGGUUUGAAUCAGGAAAAUAUUGGUUCCCCGAAGAGACGAAUUUAUAGAAGCAGUUUGCAGGAAAACACCACCACUGAAAUUCUCACUAAGACGACGACGACGACGAGAACGACCACAUCGAACAUACGGGUCCCAUCCACAGAUUCGAAGAAGAACGAAGCAAAUGACGCAAAACCCGAUCAGAGCUACGCCAAUCAGAACGGUGGCCCAAAGAGUUCGUUGAUCCAGCAACGGGACGAAGCCAAGAAAAAUUUGUACGUAGGAUCGAACGAAUCUUCGACGAUCGACGACGAGGAGGAGGAGGAGAAGAAGAAGAAGAAGAAGGAGGAGGAGGAGGAGGAGGAGGAGGUCAGCAUGCCCACCCACGGUAAAAAUCGUCGAAAUCGAAGGGGUCGGGGCAGGAGGCGUGGUGGCGGCGAUAAAACGAAUCAUCGCAGCAACGACGACGACUCGAGGGAAACGAUCGAGGGGGGGAGGAUCGACGUGGAACACGGAGAAACAGAUAACGUCGAGGCGACAACCUCGAGUCGUGGGCAUCGAUCCUCCUCCCUACUGAGCAAGGGGGAUAGACGCAGGAUAGAAACGGGGACGAUAGAGCCGAGCGUGAAGGUGAUGAGGAUAACGACUAUAAGCAGCACACCGUUGGAGGCGAGAAUGGGCCACAUUAGGGGGGUCGGUAUAGUAGAGACGGAGACGAGCGGUGGUUCGGGGAAGGGGGGCGAGGGGACGGUGGUGGUCACCGUGUCCGAGCCGCUCGACGCUUUCCCCCCACCGCCCGAAAUUCCGUCUACGGCGGCCGAUAAUUCCGCCGCGGACGCGAGGUGGGCGGGGAACGGGGAGGGAUUGCAGAUUCGCGACGUGACCGACUGCGAGGUGGCCGAGGUCGAUAACGUUAGGCAGCCGGUGAUCGUCGAGAUGGAAUCGGACGCGGAGAGGGAGGCUGGCGGGAAGUUCGGGGGGACGGGUUCCGUUUCGAGGGAGGGGGAGGGGGAGGGGGAGGGGGGAGGGAGGGGGCAGUGUUGGGACACGGUGAUGCCGCGGGACGUGGAGAGGAAGCUGAGGAGGUUCAUCGAGGGCCUCAAGUUGCCGUGUUACGCGGGGGAGGAGGGGGGUGAUUGGAGGGGUGUGUGCGAGGAGGAGAAGAGGGGGGGUGCGAAGAGGAGGAGGCGGGAGGCGGGUUACGGGCACUCGCAGGCGGCCAACAGGUUCUUGGACAUUAUUCAGGAGGAGGGCGAGAAGUUGUCGGAGGACGAGGAGCAGCAUAUCAGGGACUUUAUCAACGAGGAGAUCGGUAAAUAUCGGAGGGAGGAGAGGUGUUGGGCGAGAGGGGAGGAGGAUUUGGGGGAAGGGGUGGGUGGCGGUGGCGGGGUGAGGAUAAGUGUGACGUGCGUGGACGGGGAGGAGGAGAUGGAGGAGAGGGAGAAGGAGGAUCCUGGAGAAGGUUUGGAGAAGGAAAGGGAAAGUGUGGGGAUUUGUGGUGAAAGGGAAACUGUGGAGGAAGGAAUGUUGAAAGAAGAGGAAUUGGAGAAGGAAAGGGAAAACGUGAAGAUUUGUGGUGGAGAAGAAAUUAUAGAAGAAGGAACGUUGAAAGAGGAAUUGGAGAAAGAAAAGGAAAAGGUGGAGAUUUGUGAUAGAGAAGAAACUAUGAAGGAAAAAACGUUGAAAGAAGAGGAAUUGAAGAAAGAAAAGGAAAGUGUGAAGAUUUGUGAUGGAGAAGAAAUUAUAGAAGAAGGAACGUUGAAAGAGGAAUUGGAGAAGGAAAAGGAAAAGAUGGAGACUUGUGAUGAAGGAGAAACUGUGGAGGAAGGAAAAUUGAAAGAAGAGGAAUUGGAGAAAGAAAAGGAAAAGGUGGAGAUUUGUGAUAGAGAAGAAAUUGUGAAGGAAGGAACGUUGAAAGAAGAGGAAUUGGAGAAGGAAAAGGAAAGUGUGAAGAUUUGUGGUGGAGAAGAAAUUAUAGAAGAAGGAACGUUGAAAGAGGAAUUGGAGAAGGAAAAGGAAAAAAUGGAGAUUUGUGGUGGAGGAGAAACUGUGGAGGAAGGAAUGUUGAAAAAAGAGGAAUUGGAGAAAGAAAGGGAAAACGUGAAGAUUUGUGGUGGAGAAGAAAUUAUAGAAGAAGGAACGUUGAAAGAGGAAUUGGAGAAGGAAAAGGAAAAUGUGGAGAUUAGUGAUGAAAGAGAAUCUAUAGAAAAAGUAAUAUUGAAGGAAAAGAAGGUUAGUAAUGGAGAAGAAGUUACAGAAGGAGGAAUAUUGAAGGAAAAGGAGAUUAGUAAUGGAGGAGAAUUUAUAGAAGAAGGGAUAUUAAAGGAAAAGGAGAAUGUGGAGGUUAAUAAUAGAGGAGAAUCUAUAGAAGAAGAAAUAUUGAAGGAAAAAGAGAAUAUGGAGGUUAAUAAUGGAGAAGAAUUUAUAGAAAGAGGAAUAUUAAAGGAAAAGAAGAUUAAUAAUGGAGGAGAUUUUAAUGGAGAAGAAGGGAUAUUAAAGGAAAAGGAGAAUAUGGAGAUUAGUAAUGGAGGAGAAUCUAUAGAAGGAGAAAUAUUGAAGAAAAAGGAGAUAAGUAAUGGAAGAGUAUCUAUAGAAAGAGAAAUAGUAAAAGAAAAGGAGAAUGUGGAAAUGAGUAAUGGAAAAGAAUCUAUAAAAGGAGAAAUAUUAAAGGAAAAGGAAAUUAGUAAUGGAGGAGAAUCUAUAGUAGAAAGAACGUUGGAGGAAGAGGAAUUAGAAAGGAAAAGCAUAAAGAUAAGUGAUGGAAAGGAAUAUGUGGAGAGAAAGAAAAGAAAGGAAGAGCGUGAAGAAAAGUCUGAAAAAGUAAUUGAAAGUGAGAUAUUGGAAACAAAUAAUGAAAACACGAAUCUAAAUGAAUCCGAGUUAAAAAUUGAAGAGAAAAUUUCUGUCGAUAAAAAAGGAAAAUUAGACGAAACGGAUGAAACGUUAAUCGAUAUGAAAUCGAUACACUAUCGUAUUUCCGACACUUCAAACAUCAGUGAACGCACUGUGACGGAAAACGUAGAGAGUAUAGAAGAAGAAUCGAAAUUGACCGAAAAUCGAGACGUUUCGAUGGUGAAAUCGAAAGAAAUCGAGGUAUUAAAAAUAGACGGUGAUAGAAAAAUCGAGAAAUCUGUGGAGGGAGGAAAAUUGGAUUUGGAAAGUGAAGCAGAAGAUUUCGAGGCAUUAACCGUGAAGUCAAAAUUAACGGAAGAUGACAUAGAUUCCAAAAGCGAAACGUUGACUAAGCAAUUUCUAAAAAAAGAAGAAGAAGAAGAACCAUCUUCGAAAAAUAAUAUCGCGCAAAUUUCCAAGACCGACGAGGAAUCGGAUCGAUUAAACGAAACUAACGAAAAAUUGGAGCAAAAUAAGCGAUCGACGACGAGUUAUCACGAAUCAUCGAUCUCGAAAUCAAUUUUGAGAAAAAUCACGAGCGAAGAAGUGUCUUCGUUGACCAAAGAUUCGUACGAAAUUUCACGCGACACGACGGGAACGAAGAGGAAACGUCCUCCAACGCCGCCGAAAAGAUCGUCCAGCCUCGAUUUCCAAGAAAGAUCGUCUCCGCUCCGUGAAAAAAGGGAGAGCAAAGAGAGCAUUGGGGAGAUGGAGGACACAGCUACCUCCUCGGGAUUGCAUCGAGAUUCCACGGAAAGUUGGACGACGAGGGAAAAUAUUGGCACCACGAGAACAUUAUUGACGAUAAUAUCUCAGAGUGACGCUGGCGUCGAAAAUAUUCGCGACACCUUAAGCAACGUGGACACCGUCUCCCUAUCCGAGAGGGACAACAUCUUGGACGAUUUGAAGGAGUUUGGGGGGAGGAGUGUUUGUCUCGAGAACGACGACAACACGGACGAGUUGCGCAAGUACGUGGAGAAUGGCGCCAGGCUUGGCAAUGGCGCAAGUUCUGAAAUAAAGCGUGACUACUUGCGUCGAGAGACACGCGAAAAAUCGCCGGUGUCCGUGUCGUGUACGAAACAGAGCGUGGACGGGCUACCCGUGAAAGGAGUAGCGAAAAUUGUCAUGGAGCAAUGUCGGGAGGAAAAAUCGUUGGGCUCCGGUACGAGUUCGAAACUUGGAGAGAGAGAAUCCGUGGAAAGAAUAGAGAAAAUUGACGUGGAAUCUCGAGAGACGCGGGAAGAAUCAACGGCGUCCAUUUCGAAACGAAGCGCGAACGCACCCGUGGAACGAAUAGUGAAAAUUGACGUGGAAUCGUCUACGAUCGACGAAUCCGACGAAGCGAGAAUUUCCGAGAAAUUUGAAGAAAAAGAAAGGAAAAAGAUUUCUGACGGAAAACCUGUGGAAAAAAUAGUGAAAAUUAACGUAGAAUCGUCCAGCGAAAAAUCGGACAAAACGAAGAUUUCCAAGAAAUGUGAAGAGGAAGAAAAGGUUUCGUACGAAUUACAUGAAAAGUCACUAGAAUCCAUGUCGAUAAAACAGAGUGUAGAGAAACCUGUGGAAAGGAUAGUGAAAAUUGUCAUGGAGCCAUCUUCUAUCGACAAAUCUGAUAAAGUGAAAAUUUCUGAGAAAGAGAAAGAAAGGAAAAAGAUUUCUCAUGAAAAACCUGUCGAAAGAAUAGUGAAAAUUAACGUUGAAUCGUCCACCGAUGAAUCUGACAAAACGAAGAUUUCCAAGAAAUGUGAAGAGGAAGAAAGGAAAAAGGUUUCGUACGAAUUACACGAAAAGUCACUAGAGUCUAUAUCGAUGAAACAGAGUGUAGACAAACCUGUGGAAAGAAUAGUGAAAAUUAACGUAGAAUCGUCCACUGAAAAACCGGAUAAAGUGAAAAUUUCUGAGAAAGAGGAAGAAAGGAAAAAGCUUUCUGACGGGAAACCUGUCGAAAGAAUAGUGAAAAUUAACGUUGAAUCGUCCGAUGAAUCUGAUAAAACGAAGGUUUCCAAGAAAUGUGAAGAGGAAGAAAGGAAAAAGGUUUCGUACGAAUCACACGAAAAGUCCUUAGAGUCCAUAUCGAUAAAACAGAGCGUGGACAAACCUAUAGAAAGAAUGGUGAAAAUUUCUGAGAAACAGGAAGAAAGGAAAAAGAUUUCUGACGAAAAACCUGUCGAAAGAAUAGUGAAAAUUAACGUUGAAUCGUCCAUCGAAAAACCGGAUAAAACGAAGAUUUCCAAGAAAUGUGAAGAGGAAGAAAAGAUUUCGUACGAAUUACACAAAAAGUCACUAGAGUCCACGUCGAUAAAACAGAGCGUGGAUAAACCUAUAGAAAGAAUGGUGAAAAUUUCUGAGAAACAGGAAGAAAGGAAAAAGGUUUCCGAGGGGAGACCUGUCGAAAGAAUAGUGAAGAUCAACGUGGAAUCGACCGGAAAACCGGACAAAGCGAAGAUUUCCGAGAAAGAGAAGGAAAGAACGAAAAAGAUUUGUGACAAGAAUGGGAGGGGAGACGAGGUUGGACCGAGACAAGAGGUGCACUCUCGUCAUCAUCGCGUUCACAAGAAGAUCGUGAAGAACGAGACGUCGAGCACGACGACCGUCGAAACGACGACUGGCGACAAAGAGCGCGGUAACAAGAUGGAAAGUUCGAGGGAACUCACUACGAGCGAGGAAGAAUUCGAGGAGAUUUACAAGUAUUCCACUCGUAUGUCCGACGAUGAACUACAAUCUCCCGCGUUCAAAACUAGCCAUGACGAGAGAAAGGAAAAGGAUAGGCGCGACACUCCUUCCGAAAUAUUAAAUUCCACUCUGAGCAACGACGAGGCGCGAUCUCAUCGCGCGCGCAAACAAGAUGGAAGGGGAAAGGAUUCUCCCUCCCAGAAAAUAUCGGAUUCGUCCACCAUCACCGAUCCUACCACCGCGUUCCACGGCCCUAUGGAAGCGUGGCAAGUGGACAUAUUCUCCAUAAUAACCGAGGAGGCGAGGAAAAGCAAAUUGAGACGAGAGAUGGAAUCGUCGCGCGGAGUACCCCCCACUCCCGCCUCCCAGGACCUCUACUACGUACCGAUCGAGAGUGGUUCUACUUACCGGAAGAGUAAAAGUAACAAUUUCGACGAGGGUCCCGUUGAAUCGUUGAAAGAUAUUUGCAUCAAGAAAAUCUUGUCCAUGCCGUACGGUCUCCACGUGAUCAACGAGAUCACCGUGCCGAGAUUUAACGUUUUCGAGAAUCUAGGAUCCGAGGUAUCGAAAUUUCCAACUAGAGGGAUUCGCACCGCGCAAAAAGCUACGACAUCUUUGAACCGUGUCGACGAGAAUACGAAGAAUACUUGGCUCGGUUUAUCGACCUCGACGGAUCCCAACCUGCUCGUCUGCCUUUCCCCGUCCCAACGGAGAACCGAGAUAAAGGCAACGGCGGACAAUUUGCUCGAUUUGCACGAAAAGUUCAUCAACAGGCGCAAUUACUUCGACGAGGAACCUCCUCCCCGAGUCCCCCCCGCCAGAUAUCGGGUGGAGGUGGUGGGCCCGAAGGAGGAGAAGAAUAGUAAACACGGGGCGGAAGAGUGGAAAGGAGACGAGAGGGGGAACAGAUUGUUGGAAAUUAUCAAGGAGAAUUCGGAUAAGAGGAGCGGCACCAAAUCGGUCACGUUCGAGGAAUCGAGCCAAUCGGGAUCCCGUAACGCGGACGGGGUCCCGACCUUUGACAGUGGUCGGCAGCGGCGUGCGAAAGUCACUAGGUUGUGCGACUGGCUGAACUUGGCCAGGCUCGAUCGUCAGUCGUCGAGAUCGCCUCGCCACGCGACACCGCUCCCCGAUGAUUUAUUAAUAGAAUCGUCGGGCGAGGGGGGGCAGGAGCGCGAUAACGAGCCACUCGUUGCAUCGAGCGCGAUCGUUAAACGGUUAGACAUGCCUCGAUCUGUCCACUACUCUUCUUCCUCGACGCCGUUCGGCAAGAGUCCUUCUUCAACGUUGAACAGCGCCGUCAUCGACAAAUCGGUUCACUUCGUCGACUCCUCCUCCAUGGAGAACCCUCCUCAGAGGCCGGAUCCGCCUUUAAGAAGCUCGACGCCGUUCAGAAAGAGUCCUUUCACGUUCAACAGCGCCAUUAUCGACUCCUCUUCGAUGGACAAUCCUCCCAAGAGGCCGGAUCCUCCGUUCACAAAGAGUCCUCUGACGUUCAACAGCGCCAUUAUCGACUCUUCCUCCACGGAGAAUCCUCCUUUCAGAAGCUCGACGCCGUUCAGAAAGAGUCCUUUAACGUUGAACAGCGCCAUCAUCGACAAAUCGGUUCACUUCGUCGACUCCUCCUCCAUGGAGAAUCCUCCUCAGAGGCCGGAUCCGCCUUUAAGGAGCUCGACGCCGUUCAGGAAGAGUCCUCUGACGUUGGACAACGCCACGAUCGACUCCUCCUCCAUGGAGAACCCUCCUCAGAGGCCGGAUCCGCCUUUAAGGAGCUCGACGCCGUUCAGGAAGAGUCCUCUGACGUUGGACGGCGCCAUCAUCGACUCCUCCUCCAUGGAGAAUCCUUGUUUAAGAAGUUGGACGCCGUUGGGAAAGAGAAGUCCUGUGAAGAGCGGGAAGAUGGAGAAAUCGAGGCGCGAGCCGCGUUACAACGUGAACCCGGCGUUGAUCGACGACAGGGUGGAGGUGCCGCCGAGAGCGAAGCGCGUUGUGAGCGUGGACAGGUCUUGCAUCGACACGACCAGCAUUUUCGACCAGAACCCGCCCAGAAGCCACCUGGAGCCGCGCAGAUACGGGAACGAGGAGGGCGUGAAACACGUGGCCGCAGCCGAGAUCAUGGAGGAGUUGAAGAAACUUCAGAACGAGACCGAGGAACAAUUGGAGGGAGCACGUGGCUCGUUGCCUUCUCGACGAUACGUCGCGCGCCAGUUGAGGUACAUAGAAUUGUUGGAGAAUCAGUUGAAGAACGUGAUAUUGGCGGAGGAGGAGGAGAGGGAGGCGUUGGAGGAAUAUCGCGCCCAAACGAGGGAAAAGAGGGGAGAUGGAAGAAGGAGCAAAAAAGAGGAGGAGGAGGAGGAAAGUUCUUUUUGGAAACGAGGGGACGAGGCCAAUGACGAUUCCAGGAAGGUGGAGAGCGAGAAAUGGGAGGAGGGAUCGAAGGAGAGAUCGAAGGAACGCGGGCGUGGAGAUUUGGAUCGAGGAGAGGAGAACGGUUUCCACGAGGGAGAGACUCGGGAGAGGAUGGUGGAGCGGACGCGUGAUUCGGUGAUUGCCAAGGAGGGGGAGGGGGAGGGGGAGUUGAAGCGUUGGGGAGGAGGAACCGGUGGGAAGGAGGAGGUGGAUGGCGGGAGGAGGAUCGGUAAGGUUGGGAAAAUGGUGAGAAUCGAGGAGAGACCGAGGUCCUCGUCCUCGGUGGUGGUGAACGGCGAGGCGUUUCGUAGACGGAUGUACGACGAGUACGUGCACAAGGUCAUGGAACGAGAGGAGCGGAAGCACCACAAGGUGGUGAAGAUCAGCACGCACGAGGAUCUUAAGAAAUUCGAUCAUAAGAGCGAUAAGAGCGGUAUGACCAUCGUCGAGAGGGAGUUCAUCGAGAAGGCGAGGAACAGGUUGAACAAAUUUGGGAUUAAUUUGGACGAGAGCGAGACGGAGAGUGAGAAGGAUAAGAAAGGUGGCGGUAGAGGGGGAAGGGAGAGAGAAGGGGGGGAGAAAAGAGUGGAGAAGAAGAAAGAGGAGGAGGAGGAGGAGGAGGAGGAGGAGGGUGUCGUAAAGGCGAAAUGUUUGAUCGAUGGAAAGGAGUUCGAGGACUCGAAAAAAUUGCCCAAGCAUCUGCAAGAAUUCCUCGAUAUGCCCGCCAAUUUCGACGAUGGAUAUGGUUGUAAUUUUGCGACAAAGGAAACUGACAAUGAGUAUGGUCUUCUGCACGAGAUUGACAGUGCUUUGAAAUUCGGCAAAGGAUUUCUAUUUGGUAAAGAGAACGUUAUGUUCGCUCCCACGUUUAAAGCUUCUUCCGCAACACCAGGCGUUUGGUCACCUGGAAGCGAGCCACCCCCGAAGGAGCCGAGCCCCGAGCGGAAAGAAUCUCAAAAGGAUGGUGGCAUACCACCCAUCUGGACGCCUUCCAGCGCUGGAGCCAGCCCAAUUCCCGAGAAAAAGGAAUUUCGACCGGUGCAAUUCGAGAGCCCUACCCUGAGCCGAAAGAAGCUAGCGCAGCAAGAAAGUACACAGGAAACUCUACCGCCUUGGGAGACGGAAGUGGAAAAGAAGGAAAUAACAAGAAGUAGUUAUGAGAGCACUAGUACCAGUUCGCGAAUUGUCAAUUCCCACUCAGCACCGUCGCAGGGAUUAAAUUCAUUAAGUUCAACGCCUCGACUGCCACGUGCUCAGAAUCCAACUAUAACACUGCUUCAAAAAGCAAGAGAAGGACAAUUGCCAAAGGGAGCAGCCUAUCUAGAAGAGAACGAGACGGAAAAGCGUCCAUCCAGUGAUGAGAAAGGCAUAAUUAGUCCAGGAGAGAUCAUAUACACGGUGAAGAAAGAAUACGAGAGCGAGCCGGAAACGGAAAACGAACCGCCGAAGAAGAUGGCCGACUUGGGUCCUCGAAAAUUCGAGGGUAUCGGCCCAACAUCUAAGGAGGGUAUUCCCCUUGUUUUGAGAUCGGAAGUCAAGGAGAAUAAUCAGACAAAGUGGUAUAAGAAAAUGUACGACUCGUUGCAUCGUGCAGACAGAAGCGAUGACUACGUAACCAUUCGUUACAAACAGAGAAGAGGAACGAGAUACGGUUACGGAAGUGGAUAUUUAAGCGAACCGGAACACCGUUUAUAUUCCGCCACUCUAGACAGUCGUCGACGCCUUCGUAACAAGGAAAAUGAUUUCUUUACGUCGACUAUGCCUAGAAAGAAUGGCACGUUGAAGUACAGUUCGGAGGUUUAUAAAAAUCAGCCUGGCCGUAUCGAGGACUACGAACCUGGACGAUCUUCAAUCGCCGAAAAGGAAGCCAAGGAGUGGUGGGACGAGGUCAUGGACAUAUUUGACGGGUGGUUGAACGACAAUGGACAUCCUCAGGGUACAGAGAUGGAGGAUCUCGGCGACGCGCAGCUGAGCCACCGCGCUCUCAGCCUCUCCUACCGACCGGAGACUGGUCGCAAUCCUUUCGACCAACACAAAAAUCGUCCCCCGCAAAGAUUGAAACCGUACAUGUCACACGCUCUCAAAGAAUCGGGAUACGAGAGUGAUUCGACGCUGGUGUUUCGUCGCAAGGAGGACAUCGGUCCGUUGAGUGAACUCGAGCAAAGAUUGGCCUACAAAACGGUCCAAAGUGGUGGCGACGUGCCACUUCAUGGCCUUCGUAAACCAGCCCCAGAACGACCGAAGGACGAAACUGGCCUCGAGUAUUUUCCUAUCUCGCCCACAUUGACACGGAUCCGUGUACACCGGAAAAACGGCUCCUCGACCACCAAGUGUGCCGCCGUUUUGUCGCGAUACGAGAGCCCGUUAAUCGAAAGUCGAAACGCGACAGCCAAGAAAAUGGACGUUCGAUCGACAAUUGUUUCGAGGACGAGGUCUUUAAGAGACAUUGCUCUCCAUGGUCCACGUGAGACGACGAUAUCUAGGCCACCGUCCCCGCCAAGAAGACAGUCUUCUAGGAAUAGCAAGACUCUCAAACUGUAUGGAAACGCGAAACGUCAAACUGUGCAGCCUUUUAAGUCGAGACACAAACAGUGUUUCAAGGAAGAGGCACGCUCCAACGUUGGCACGCUCGGAGAACGAUUCCACGGAAAUUUGGACAGAUGCGGGAAGAAAAGUCGCGAGAGCGUGCACACUUGUUCGUUUCGAACGUCAUCUAACGGCCCGACAAUACCGACUCGUUCGAAAGUUUUGACACCGUCGUGUAAGAAAACGGAGGACUCGCGCCUGUCGCAAACUUUGCCCGACCCAGCUGGGGAGAAAAGUUUCUCGGCAGCCAACGGGGGCAGAACUCGGAUUUAUGGGGACAGUUCGUCGUUGUGCAGGCCUGGCGAAUAUCCCGUCAAAUCCGAGCCGAAACGCGAUAAAUCGUCCUCCAUUUUGAAAAUGUCCUCCAAGUAUGUGUCGCCCUCUGCGACAAAAUCGACGAAAGAAAAGUUGCAAUCUGGGUCGAAUGGGGUCGGUAAUGCAGUUUCUUAUUUGAGAAAAACUAACGCGAGCAGAAGGCGGUUGACGCGGAAGGAACAGGAAGAGUCCUCUAGAAGAUUAGCCAGAUCGUCGGUCGAUCUCUCUUCGAUGGAGAGUAGGAAACGUUUGCUGAAGUGUAGGGAGAAAAGUGGGAGGGAUGUUCGCACGACAGUGCUGCCGUCUGGAACGCUUGUCAAAAGCUCGACCAUGUUGUACUCGUCGAGUUCGAGCAAUGGCGGACAGAGGCCAGUCCAGGACAAGUCUUUGAAAGUGGUCGUGACGGUGUCGUCCAAGGGACAGGAGAUUUUGAGGAAGCCUUUGGACUCGAUUUCGGCCGCAAAGUCUACCUCUUCCUUGAAAUCAUCUUCGGCUACGUCUUCGCCAUCGGUCGUACGUAGAACGGUGUUAACGGAUACCAAGAAGCCUGUAAGGACGAUAGUCGGACGGCCUGACAAGAUGGGUUCCAGCAGAGAGUUUACAUCUUCCUCGGAGGCGAUCGGCGAAUCGAGUAAAAAAAAGGGGCAGAGACCUCACGUUAUCGUGAGAUCUCCUGCUAGGAAGCUGGAAACUAUUCAGAUUAAUCCUGACAGGAAGAAGAUAGAAACGAAGAAGAGAUCGAGAAAAGUGGAAAAUGGCGAUACCGCGAGGAUGAAGAAACUGAGGGAUGACGAAAUGAUUUUAAGCGACGGAAAAAGUAACAUAGAGAACGAAGAGCCUAAUAUCAGGAAGAUACGUAAACCCAAACAGGACCAACGAUCUUCGUCGUUGAGCAUAGAAGAGAUAAAGAAGCAUGGCGAAGCCACGCGUUCCGAUACAUUUUUUCAAAAUCUCUUUUUAAGAUCCAUUUCUUCCACCGUUUCCAGUGAAAAUGUCCCUUCGAGAAGAUCGAUCGUCAGCGAACGAGCCAGAAUGUAUCAAGAAAACAGCAGAGAAGGUAGUAAGUCAGAGCCAUCUUUGAAGAGUCUUAGCAUCUACUUGGCCCACAAGCGACCGGUAUCUAACUCCAAGUUCAAAAACUGGGAGAAGGAGAGUGUUUCUUCCCGAAGUUCGAGCCCGUACGGCGUCAGUUGGCCUGGCAGAAGCAUGUUUCAAAAGGUGAGCAAGUUCGAUAGUCUUUUAGGCAUCGAGGAUUUUGGAUCGUCGACCACGUUGCGCAAUAAAAGUCCAGACUCUGUGAAAGAGCGUUUGAAGGAGAGGAGUUUGAGCGAGCCACCUUUGAAGACCUUGUCCGAGUGUUCCGACUCGAAGCAUUCGUCUUCACGCGCUUCCUCCCCGUCUUCGAUUAGAUCACCGGCCUGUAGGCGUAUACGUAGCUUGAGACAGGAAAGGUCAGAUGGUCCAAGUGCCAUCGUCGCGAAGAAAGUUAGAGCCAGGAGCGCUGGCGAAGCAGAAGAAAAACCAAAAUUUGGAUCCAAUUUGUCUCUGACUAGAAGCACGAGUUCGCUUUGCGCCUCGCCGAUCGAUCGUGAAGAAUAUCGUCGGUAUUUAGUGGGUAUGUUGCACGAUAGGAGAAGAUCAGAAAGAUACAAGGAAUUGCACGACUUCUAUUCGAGUCUAGAGAGGUUGGGUGAAUUAGAGAGAACGUUUUCUUCAACCGAUUUGAGGCCAAGAAUGAAAAACGAAGAAAUAAUUGAUUACGAUAGAUGGAGGAAGGUGAGAUCACAGGAAAAAGCUGAGGUUGAAUUUAGUACUUUGUAUGGAAAGUUAAAAGCGGUUCAGAAAGAUAAAAAUUUUUUGUUCAGCACCAAGGAUAUCGGCAAGUUCAAAUGGAACGGUGAUUGUAGCUUGAGAUGUAAAGAACGAUCGGUGGAGAAUAUUAUUCAACAUUUCAAGAAACUGCAAUCCGAAGGAAGCGAAUUGGAUUCUUCCAAAAGAAGAGAAAUAUCGUGGAGGAAGGACACGUAUAAACCCCUUUGGCGUGGCACGUCUGUGAUAAACGUGGCUAGCACGAUGCAAGAAAAAGCAAAUGAAUCUAAAAACGAGAAAUCUUUGGAUCAUUUGGAUCAUCCAUCAUUGCAAAGAAGCCUUGGAGGAAGUAAAAAGUUCUGGAGCAGUUUAUCCAUCGAGCAAGUAGCCACUUUAAAAAAACAAUUAAACGAAAUUUAUGGCAGCGAUAAUUUACAGAGAUCUGUACCAUCGACAUCCUCCGAAAUAGGCGAGCAUAGAUUGGAAAAGAAAGAAGGAACUGAUAAACAAGAUUCUCUGUCGAAGUACGAAAUUAUCGUUCCACCCCAAAUCGACUCGACCGAUAAAGACGAUGCUAAGGGCCUUCACGUGCGAUGUCACUCGAUGAUCACGUCUGAUGCUUCUCCGAGUGAUCAAAAAUCGUUCACAAAUCGUGCAGAAUCGUUGAAGAGAAGUGGUUCUAUUAGCCGAGGUAAGAGUAUAGAAAGAUCGGAAUCUGACAAAAGUUUAAUCAGUGUAACGCCAUCUAUGAGCGAAUUAGAGAAGAAGAGGCUGUCCGUGACGAUCGGUAAAGAAGUUCUGGACAAAAUCUCGCAGAGAAGACUGUCAAUGCCAUUGACAGCUCCUCGCGAGACUCGAGGUAGUAUAGCUGCUGCGCUUGCUGUUAAAAAAAUACCAAAAAUAACACGUUCUUCGACCGCACCCAGCGUAACUAGCACGUCACCUAGGAGUUGUUAUUCUUUAGAACCACAGAACGCGGAAGAUUCGUCGAGAGUGAAAGAGAAGAACGAUUUUCUGCUAGUCCUGACACCGAACAACAAAAGUCCAUCAGACAGACGAAGAGUAGAGAACGUUUUAGAGGAGUGGUCGAAGAAACCACCUCUUCUGGCAAUCGCGAUACCUGACACGCCUAAUCAGACAAAAAUUAUAGCCCCUAAUUCAGGAAGCGAAGGAAACAGUACGACGGAAAGCUCCGAAACGUCUGUGAGAACUGUCAUUCAACGAAAUAUAGAAUCUCAAGAUGUUCCAGCGAAGAUAGAGUUUUUCGAGAACGUGGACAAGAGCGCGGAUACCCAAUCGGAUCGUGGAAAAAUAAAUAAAAAGGAACAGACGAACAAAUGGAAACCAGGGAGAUUAUCCUCUUCUCAAAGCUUUGCCGAUUUAAGAGAAUUAUUUGGCGAGUCAGAGGCCGGUAAAUAUGCAUUGUCGGUGUGCAGGACACGCUCGAUCUCGCCGAGAGGAACGUCUGACGAGCGAAAAGGAAGCAGUCCUGCUCGGGAAAUGGACACCAAUACACGACCGCACUUCUGUUCACGCGACCGUGAACACGAUAGGCCUCGCAGCGUCAGUCCGUGUCGCGCAACCACUCGAUCGAAUUCGUCCUGCAGUCUAGAGAGCAUUUGGCUGCGUAGCACUUCACCCGAUCCGGACAAAUAUUGGCGUGCCUAUUUGAAACUAGUGAAAAAUGGCACGGUGAGACGGCUCAGAGCCAAAUUCGAAAGCGCCGAAGAUCUUCGUACCAGUAGAGUUAGAGUGCUUCCAGCGCCUAAAAAAUUUCAAAGCGAUCCCGAACUGGCCAGAUGUCUUCUGAGAAAGGUGGACGAGGGCAAAUUAAAGCCUCAUGAGUUCGCAGAUGUGGCUUGGUUGAGGCGAAAGUACGAGCCUCGAAGAGGAAGAACGCGUCGUAGAGGAGAAUCACCGCCGAUUCCGCGUGUGCCGUUGAGAAAAGAGGAUCUAUCCAUGCCUCACAUCGACGUUAUCAGCAAGACGGCGGAAUUGAAAGAUUCGUCGGUUAUCACGUCCACUAUUACGAAUUCCGUGGCCAGGAAGGCAGAGACUAAGGAACUGGAAGCGAAAAAAUCAGUUGGUCGGAUGAGGAAGAAAUUUGAAAAAUUUGCUACGCAAAAAACUUCGAUUCUGGGUGAAAUGUUCACUUCGUCGCCAGACGUGCACGAACUGAGAGAUAUUGCACCUUAUUUGGCUGGCCGUUGGGUGGCGCACAGAUACCCUAGUAGAAGGGAUAACAUGCGUUCAUUGUCUUCACCGCCAGAUCUCGCUGGUAGACCGUGUUCCGCCUCGAAAAGCGAGGUUAACUCUGGAUUCACGAAAACGCAGAGCAAGGAAGGAGGUAAAUUAAUUGGAAAAGUGCGAGGUGUCUCGUCAAAGGGACCAUCAUCGAUUUUGAAACAAUCUGAUGGUGAUCAAACGUUUGAUCCUGAUAAGCAUAGACCGAAAUUUAGAUAUCAACCACCUCCUCCGCCAUCCUCGCCAAAUGUUCGACGAAAAGCCACGUGUUGGUGGUCGCCGAUUCCUAUCUACACGGCUCGACCUACCGUCACUUUCGAAGAAUACUCGAACGCACCCCCGCCGCCGCCAAAAUCUCAGCACUACAGAGACGACUGCCAAGAAUCACCGAGGCGUUAUGUGGAGGGCGAGGUGACGAUUCACUAUCGUUCACCAGUGCGUACAGAGGCGAAAGAACCAUUGAGCGAGGAAGAGCUCGCUCGUCGAAGCGCGGAGAAUAUGCGACGCGUUUAUCAAGAGGAACGGCGUCGCAAAUAUCUCCAGGAGCUCCACGACAUCGAUUCGAGGAGGCACACCGACAACUUCAUACCAUCGCAGAAAUCACCGAUCCCUUUGAACCGUUACGACGAUUUCGUGGAUGAUUUGAGCCACAGAAGCCGAUCCCAGGAGCAAACACCGGAACCUCGGCUCGUGGCAAGGGCGCUUUACAACUUUAUCGGCCAAUCUUGCCGGGAAUUGAAUUUCCGUCGCGGUGACAUAAUAUUCGUGCGUCGCCAGGUAGAUAAGAACUGGUACGAGGGUGAGCAUAAUGCUAUGAUCGGCCUGUUCCCAUCGAAUUACGUCGAGAUUUUGCCAUACGACGGUAUGCGAACCACACCAAAGAAACCAUACGAGGGACAAGCACGAGCUAAAUUCAACUUCGUUGCUCAAACAAAUCUUGAGUUAUCUUUGGCCAAAGGAGAACUUGUCGUUUUGACGAGAAGAGUCGAUGAAAACUGGUAUGAGGGGCGUAUUGGAAACAGGAAAGGGAUAUUCCCCAUCUCUUAUGUCGAAGUUAUCACAGAGCCUGGCCUCAGAUCAGAAACGCCAACCCAAAAUAAACCAGUUGCCGCUCCAGCUGCGCAUAGCCUUUUGGCAAAUGGAUCAGCUGGAGGGAAAAUGAGUAUGGGACCUCAUCAUUAUAUGCCGUCCAUACCAGUUAAUAUGAACACAACUCAGCCACACUAUAAUUCACUGCCACGAAUGGGAGGAAACAAAUUACACGUUUCCGAAGCACUACACAUUGACACACACUCUGAACCAAUACCAUAUCGAGCUCUCUACAAUUAUAGACCACAGAACGAAGACGAACUUGAACUGAAAGAAGGCGACACAGUAUACGUGAUGGAGAAGUGCGACGACGGUUGGUACGUUGGUUCCAGUCAAAGGACCGGCUACUUUGGUACUUUUCCUGGCAAUUACGUGGAACGAUUGUGAAAAAUGAUGACAACGAGCUGUAUCGAACCACGAUUUACGUUUUACCAAAGCACUAAAAAUUCGAAUCUUUAAAAUAGAUAAUUUUUAAUCGAUCGAUGAUAAGGAUCAACGAGAUAUGUGUCUCAUUACAGUCUUCCUAUUCGUAAAUUUCAACGAUAAUAAAAAAAAAAAUGAUACCUUAAAAUGAAAAAAAAAAAAAAAACGAAAAAUAUACAAUCAAAUAGAUACUUUUAAUAAUAUUGCAAACACAUGAGAAACUCAUCGAAACGAACCUUAUCGUUGAAGAUUCACUAAAAAAAAAAAAAAAAAAAAAAAAAAAAAAAACGAAACUUAACGUUAGGGACUUCAUAACGUGUAUGUAGUGUAUAAUAAUGUUUAGUAAUUUAUUAUA